AACUUUCUUUGUCCUUCCUUUUCACCCUCAUUCAUUGGCUCGAGUUCGGGAACUCUCGCUAUCCGUUCAUUAUUUUUGGUGCGAUUGAAUCGUACAGCCAAUCCUUUGUCCAGUCCUUCUUUAUAACUUUCGUCCCUCGUUGCUGCCGACCUCAUCCACCAAGCCCUGCCUCAACCCGAUCCCCCGGCUAUCCUACCCAAGACAAAAUGUCUGCUUUCCUUACUGCUGGUCUCUUGGCCGCAUUUGCCGCUUCUCCGGUAUCAGCAUUCUGGCGGCUACCAUGCAAGUCUCCCAUUGUCGUCGAACGGGCCGACCCAAUUGUCAGUCCUGGCCAGGUCUCGAAUCACCUGCAUACUAUCAUGGGAGGUAAUGGGUUUGACUUCACCAUGACAUACAACUCGACUCAAGCGUCCACAUGUUCUUCAUGCACCGUCACUGGAGACAACAGCAAUUAUUGGAUUCCAGCGUUGUUCUUCCAGCAUCAAAAUGGCACCUUCGAAAGCGUCGAUCAAAUCGGAGGCGCAACUGUCUACUAUUUGCAACGUGCUGGCGACAACGAGACUCUCAAAGCCUUUCCCCCUGGGUUUCGAAUGGUUGCCGGAGACCCCUUCAAACGAAGCGCUGGUACUGACUUUGCCUCGCAAGCCGUGAGCUACGCAUGUCUUAACUACAAUGGACCAGCGACAGCAGAAACUCCAAUGUUCCCAGACUACAACUGUCCCGAUGGUCUUCGAUCCCAAGUCUUCUUCCCUUCCUGCUGGAAUGGCAAAGACCUGGACUCUGCCGACCACAAAUCCCACAUGUCAUACCCAGCGACGUCCUACAACUCCGGCGGAUGCCCCUCUGACUUCCCCGUCCACCUCGUUUCCAUUUUCUAUGAAGUCAUCUGGGACACCAACAAGUUCGCCGAUCUAUGGUAUGGGAACAGCCAGCCCUUCGUCUGGUCCAUGGGAGAUCCGACUGGUUAUGGUCACCACGGCGACUUUGUCAAUGGCUGGGAAGAUACUGAUCUUCUACAAAAUGCCAUCGAUCAAUGUACCGCCGAAAGUGGCAACGUUGAAGACUGCCCGCUCUUCAAGCUCAUUCCUGACGCUCAAGCUGAAGGUUGCAAAAUCGAGCCUGAAGUCGAUGAGCAGGUCAGCGGUUUCAUGUCUGCGCUGCCUGGCUGCAACCCUGUCCAGUCUGGACCUGCUGAAGCUACAGUAAAAACUGGCUGUGGCGCCACUACAACAAUCAGCCCAUCCAAUGCUACCUUCUUCACUGACCUGACUAGUCAAGGCUGGUCGUACACUGGCUGCGGUACUGACAACUAUUCUAACCGUAUCUUGACCGGUGCGAGCGAGUCGAAUAGCAACAUGACUAACGAAGUCUGCAUUGCUUUCUGUGAGAGCAAAGGCUUCACCGUUGCUGGCACUGAGUACUCCGACGAGUGCUACUGUGGUAACUCGAUCCCCUCGAGCGGCAUGCCACUCGCAGGUGUUGUCGGAAAUUGCCAGAUGACGUGCGCUGGCGAAAGCUCUGAUUUCUGCGGUGGUUCAGCAGCUAUCUCCCUCUACCAAAAGUGCACCAGCAGCAGCAACUGCACCAACGCACAGUUCGGCGUUAGUGCCUCUGGCUCAGCAGCAGUGGUGUCAUCUGCGGCCGCCUCUACGGCCAGCUCGUCAAACGCUACACUUCUUACAGCUGCUUCAUCGACUACAAUGGCAGCAUCACCAACUACGCUUACGACUGUGACGACUUCCAAUUCUUCUGCAACAACAUCAUCUGCGCCUCAAACAGUGGUUCAAGCAGUAUCUACGACUUCGGUAACUACUUCUUCCUCUCCAACUUCAUCUUGCGAUACACCCGAACUAGAUCCGGCGUCUCCUACAUCUGACUCGACGUCAGGUGGAUCAGACGACGAUGAAGCGAUCAGUUGCUAGAUCAGCAGAGGCUUUUUCGACACCAUUCAUCAGUAUUCCCUUCAUUCGCGCGUUUUCUUGCAAUCUACUUUCUCCGUUCACUUUCUAAUCAAAAGAUCCCAAAAACUUGAUAUCUAACAAUGCCGUUCCUA